UACAGACGUAUGUUAAAAUCUCAGAGUCAGAAUGACUUUGCUCAAAGACUUAAGUGCAAAGGUUGAGUUCAGUUUAAAAUAUGUUGUCAAGCCUGCGAGAGAGAACAUCUGCCAUCUGUUUCCUUUCAUUCGCUUGCUCAAUGGUCCAUGCAUGUUCUGAUCAGUUUCAUAACUGUAGUAUUUGUCACUAAGUAUAUAGCCUCACCCAACAGCAUUCUAUGUUUUUUCGUCUUAUGCUUGGCUUGAGUCAACUAAUGUGGUCUUUUCUAAAUUAUUCUUUAGUGUAGUUAUGAAUAAUUUACUUAAAAGUGGAAUUGCUGGUCAUUGUCAGUUAUGUAGAGAGAAUCUAGUCUUGCAGAGAUCUCGCCUUCUAAGAGUUGGGCAGGAAAACAAACCUGUAUGCAAAAAUGGCAACUGUGCAUCCGGUGUACUUUUUUUUAAAACUGACAUUGUCAUGCUAGAUGUUGCAUAAAGACCUGAUCGUCCUAACCAGUGUUACUGUAUCAACUUGAGCACCUGAAAAUAUGAUCCAGCUGGGUAUAUUCUUGAUUCUUUUUACCAAAUUGGCAAAUGCAGAUUUUAAUGCUGGUCUUGGAGUGAUGACUCUCAGUGACCGGACGAAUCUGACAUGCUGUAACAGAGAACAGGCUACGUGCGUAUUCUAUGCUGAUUCAAGAACAAUUGGUUAUCAGAAUUCCUCUGACAAUUGCUGUAACCUUACUGUCAGUGGAGAGAAGCUUUUACAGGGAAAAGCUGGAGUGGAGCUCCGAACAACUAUUAUCGUCCACUGUUAUCUCAACACUGACAACAAAACCAGCCAAAAUGUCACCAUUACAGUGUGGAGGAUAUCUCUUUCUGGUAAAUACACUCUUAUAUUUCUGGUUAUCAUGGGGACACUGAUUCUGCUCUCUCUGCUCAUCUCCAUCAUCAUAUGUGUUAUCUAUGUGACCAAAAUACAAGGGUAUAAACAAAAGUUACAACCAGUGAGAACCCAGGUAAUGGACAAUGACAACCAAGAUGCAAAUUCGAGUACUGCUGAAGUUGAGGAAGAAAAAACAGAGGUCGUAGAGAAUGAGCUAUUAUAUGCCACGGUGAAUUAUUCAGGUGCUGGUGAAAACUCUUCUCCAGCAGUGAAGUAUGAAUCAGGAACUGAAUACGCCACGGUGGUCACGCGUUGAACAACCUGUAACAACAAUAGAUUUCCCCCCUUAGGGAUUUAAGCCACCAAGGAUGAAAUAAAAAUGAUAUGUGCUGUUUUGAGCAAAUGUCUUAUGGUUCUCAUGACUUGAUUUUAUAUAAUAAACUCUUCCAAAAUAA